CUGCAGCCGCUGACGCCUCUGCCACCUGCUGUGGCCGGGUUCCCUAGCCCGGGAUUUGGUCACCCUUCGUUCUUCACUGCGCCCAUGGUCCCACCUGGAGACAGGGCGGCGGGCCCGGCAGCUCCCACGUGGUGAGAGGGCGGUCCGGGGAAAAUGAAGGCGACGCGCUGUAGCUGCUGCCUCAGCCACCUGCUCGCCUCCGCCCUCCUGCUAUUGCUACUGCUGCCUGAGUGGAGAGGGCCCUUGGAGGUACUGCUGCAGGCGGCCGAGGCCGUGCCGGACCCCAGGCCUCCGGACCGUGGACCGCGAACCCUGCCACCUCUGCCGUCCGGCCCCACAGCUGCCCAGUCCCCGGGCCGCGCUCCGGCCGUAGCCGAGGGACGACGGGGCGCCGAGGCCGUCAAUAGCAGCACUCCCAGGGCGGGGCUUGCAGCAGAAGACCCAGGCGGGAAGGCGGGGGAAGAAGGCCCAGUGGGUGGAGUCCUCGCUGUGAGCCCCAACCCCGGCGACAAGCCCAUGACCCAACGAGCCCUGACCGUGUUGAUGGUGGUGAGUGGCGCGGUGCUGGUGUACUUCGUCGUCAGGACGGUCAGGAUGAGAAGAAGAAACCGAAAGACUAGGAGAUACGGAGUUUUGGACACUAACAUAGAAAACAUGGAAUUGACACCUUUAGAACAAGAUGAUGAGGAUGAUGAUAACACAUUGUUUGAUGUCAAUCAUCCUCGAAGAUAAAAAUGUGCCUUUUGAUGAGAGGACGUCAUCUUUCUACAAUGAAGAGCAGAAUUUCUAUGUUUAAGGAAUAAAAAGCCACUUUAUCAAUGGGGGGGUAUUUAAGUUACAUAUAUUAUGAUAAACUUUCAUUUCUUGUUGCAAUAAAUACUGUAUCAUUUUGUUAUGUAUUUCUCUAUAUAGAAGUGCUCUUAAUGGGCUCAGAGUUGUUGGGAAUAAAUUGUACCAUAAUAGAAAUCUGAAAAUUACUUUAAAGCAGGGUAUUUUCUGAUCAGUUUUUCUUUCUUGCUUACCUUAUUAUUGUAAACUGUUUACAUACUAAUCAGUUAAUUUUUUUUUUUUUUUUUUUUUGGCCGGUUAAGGUUUUGUUUUUUGUUUUCUUUUUUUCCUGGAACUAUAAUUCCCAACAAACAACUGGUGUGUAAAAACAAUUUAAAAAUUUCUUUACCAAGAUGUAUUUCCCAUUUUUGUGGGGAAAAGAAGCCAAAUUUAUUACUUUGCCUUUGGGUUUUUUGAAUAUUAAAAAUGUCUUAGUUGUAUGCAAAACAAUAAAUAUGAUUUAAAAUA